GUGGUCACACUGAAAAACUUCACGCACAUCAUUUAGUAGUGUUUGGCUGUAAUUAAAAGUUGAAAUAUUAAUUGAACAAUCAAAAACACAAAAUGUCACGCAAGGAAGCUCUGUCACAGUUCAUCAACCAAAUCCAUGGCCGCCCAGUUGCCGUUAAGCUAAACAACGGCGUGGAUUAUCGAGGAGUUUUGGCUUGUCUGGAUGGCUACAUGAACAUUGCAUUGGAUCAGACGGAGGAAUACGUUAAUGGUCAACUGAAGAAUAAAUAUGGUGAUGCAUUUAUACGCGGCAACAAUGUGCUCUAUAUAUCCACCCAAAAACGAAGAGUGUAGUUUUAGGAUCUUAAGUUUAUUUCAUAAAUUACACAAACACAACUCACUUUUCUAAAUAAAUCAACUUCGAUAGUAA